AAAGCUCUUGUGCGUAAAAGGAGCGACAAUGGACCCCCCCCCGUGGCGCAAUGGCGCAUCAUCAGGGAAGAUGCGCUGUUAGUCUGUUCUCUAUCAGCAUUUCAAAUAAUCCAGCAGCGAGCUGCAGACUACCUGCACGGAUAUUUAUUAUUAGCUGUAAUCCAGGCUCCAGAGGAAUCACAGAUUUGUAUGCAGACGCAUUUGGGUGAAGUUACGCACAGUUGGCGAUGAUGGAGCUUAUUAAAGUUGUUCUAAUUGUUGUGCUGCUUCUGACAAAUGUUUUCUGUCAAGAAAUGGAUGUUGACAACUGGAGAGAAGGCACCGAAGAGAACAAAUGGCCAAACUCUGAAGUAAUUGAAGAUUUAUUAGUGAGAAUGACCAGAAAACCAGGACCACGCCAGUACCUCGGACUCAUGGGGAAGAAAGACUCCGCAAAAACGCAGACAGCACGUAAACGGCAUAGAUUUCAAACCUUUGUUGGUCUGAUGGGUAAAAGAAGCUCUGAGGAUGAAGGAGCCCAGUGAGCUGCGCUGGAGACUGAGGAUCUGCUUUCUGUUCUUUGUUUCAUUUAAAAGCGGCUACAAAAACUUUAAUUUCUCCAGUUUAUCAUUGUUUCAUGAAUAAAACAUCACAUUUAAGUCUGUGGACAACCUUUAGGCGAACAGCGCCAUCUAGUGUUGACAUAACAAUGGUGAAACCCAGGAAUCUGUGACACUGGAGAUACUUUUAUGUAAACUAAAAUCCACACAAGUUCUCACAAUAAACCCAUCUCACUCCUCGGUAUCAUCACAGGUUUAUUAAGUGACUUUGUACAAUACAAAUGAAAAAUAAAAUUAAAAAUACAGAGAUGGAGUACAUAGCCAAAGCAAA